AUGAAGGCUGUUCUCUCCCUUCUCCUGGCCUAUGUUGCUAUCACUGGCUCAAAGUCAAUCAGUGAUGAUGCUGCAGAAGAUUCUGUCUACAAUGUUACAAUAGAGGGAUGUGGAACUGCCAAAUUUGUUAAUUUUGAUGAUUUAAACAAAACAACUCUUGUUAACAUUCAAAAGAGUAUGUGCCUCAAUCUUCCAAAAGCAAUAGAGGCAGUUGAUACAGAUCCAGAACGAUACAGAAAAUGGUUUGGUGAGCAUUCAAAAAGUCGCAGUGACCUUGUGAAGAGGAAUCUCCAGAAGCUAUACGAUGGCUUGACUAAGACUACUCUUGUGUACCAGAAUUUUCAAAUGCUGUGUGACUUUGCUGGGUCUACAGCACAUUCUGGUGGCCCAAUUCUCAAAGUGAUGUUCACAUGUCCACUGUUGUAUACACUCUCCCCUUUCUGUGCUGGCAAGAAACAGAAGACUAUGGAGGGAAUAAUUCUACGCGAGUGGAUGUUUGCUUUUGCCUUUACUUAUCCGAGUGGGAUUGGAAGUGAUAUCGCAAGGAUAAAGGCUAGAGAUAAUCCGGAUAAAGCAGUAAAGAUUGGAGAUAAUUAUGAAUACUUUUAUUGUAACACUGAGUGA